GAGAUGAGACGUCGGGGCGGCGAGGCGCGAGGGGAACACGCAUGCGCGCGAUACGGCCGCUGGAAACUGUGUGCACCGAAACCGGAGAACCUGUUAUCAGAGAAACAGUGGCCUGGGAACUUGGUCCAAUUAUCAUGCAGGCGAGACACCGAGGUCCCGUCUGCGAGACGCGUCGUCCUCGCCGCUCUUAAUUCCGACUCGCUGGAGAGCCCUCGUCCGCGCGCGUGGCGUUCACCGUGCUGGAUCCGCGACUCUCCACGUACCCACCGUUCCGGCUUGUGGACUGGAGAGGUGUUCGUUAGACGCCCUGCAUACAGGAAUCAACUCUGGCAACUAUGAUUGUCCGAUCUAGCUAUCCACGUCGACGGGUCUCCCUCUACGUUCUCCAACUACGUUACACGGCGUAGAUAGAAAUAAUAGCUAAGGUGACGACGCGUUUUGCGUCGCAACGUGUUCUCGAUACGCAGUGUUUUCGUCGUCUGCUAAACGUAAAAGUGUCAGGACAUGUUAAAGACAGCGUGCGGCCCGUCGCGAGAUUAAAUGCAGACGCAAGUCAUCCGAGAAUGACUUCGAGAAAAUGCGUCUCACCAUUAUUUCUUCGCGACGACGCGGAUGGAAAUUGCAGCGUGACGUAUCGAAGGUGUUACGUGUCGAUCGAGCAGGACGCGAUAGCCCGCUCUCCAUCCUCGGAAAACUUUCGACAUUCAUGUGACGUAUGACUGUGGAAGAGGCGAUGCACACGGGUGAUACUCUUCGAGGAGAAAGCGCCGCCGUUAUUAUCAAACGAGACCAAGUGGCCCAAUUUGUACCGCGCCGUUAAGGAGCGGACAGAGAUGAUUUAUGGAAACUCUGGUAGACGCGCUAAUUGCCUGCCGAUGUGAUUCAUCGGGCGGUGUCGUUCGCAUAUCCGAGCACGUCGGUCGCUUUGUGAGGAAGCGGGCCUGAAGUAAUUUCAUCGAUUGCGAUGGAGUAUGCAGCUGCUUAAUUACGAUACAGCAUAAUGAGGGAGAUUCGAUGGUUGCUCCUGAGGGUGGUCGGUGCGGUGGUGGUCGGCGCGGCUGUCUGCAGUCGCAUCCCUGGAUUGGCGAAAAGUCAGCGCGAGCAGUGCAGAAAGGCGCCGCACGCGAUGCCGGCGGUGGGCGAGGGCGCCGCGCUGGGUCUGCGCGAGUGCCGGCACCAGUUCCGACAUCACCGUUGGAACUGUUCCCACGUGUCCAACGAUCAGGUCUUCGGCCACGUGGUGGUAGUGGGUAGCAGAGAAGCGGCUUUCACGUACGCGAUAAGCUCGGCCGGUGUCACAUACGCGGUGACCGCGGCUUGCAGCCGUGGCAACAUCACAGCUUGCGGUUGCGAACCGGCUGUAAGGACGAGGAAGGAAUUGCCGCCGCACGGCUGGGAAUGGGGUGGCUGCAGCGCCGACAUCACGUAUGGGAUAAGGUUCGCGCGUAGGUUUCUGGAUGCGAGGGAGAUCGAAGGGGACGCCCGGAGCCUGAUGAACCUUCACAACAAUAGAGCCGGAAGAAAGACAGUCAAGGCUCAUUUGAGAAAGGAGUGCAAGUGUCACGGUGUCUCUGGCUCUUGCACCGUGAAAACGUGUUGGCGAACGUUACCCAGUUUCCGUGCGAUCGGCGACUCGCUUAUGUCAAAAUAUAACAAAGCUAAAGCCGUUAUCGCCGUUACACCGCCUCCUCCGCCCACAGUUCAGACACUGGACACGAUGUCGCAUUCAAUGCUGCCGGAAAUGGUGCCCAUAUUGGGAAACGACGCCAAAACUCAGGGCAAGCCGAACGAUUUCGUCAAGUCGCGGCACAAUCGACAGCCGCUGUUGAAAAAGACCGGCAAGUCUCGGAGGCCGCACUUGAUCCUGAAGAGGACGAAAGUCAGCGGUGGACCGAGUAUAAGCCUGAGAAGAAUUCCAAGAAGAAACGAGCUAGUUUUCCUUCAACUCUCCCCCAAUUACUGCGAGCCAGAUUUGUCGCAGGGCAGCCUCGGCACGCAGGGCAGAUACUGCAACCGUACUAGUAAAGGGACCGAUGGAUGUGAUUUAAUGUGCUGCGGCCGCGGCUACAACACCCAUCAAUUCACGAGGACCUGGCAGUGCAGGUGCAAGUUUCACUGGUGUUGCCGCGUACACUGCGAGACUUGCUUGGAGCGUAUCGAGGAAUACACAUGCAAAUAAUACUACCGUCGACGUACAACGUGUAUAUAGACUUGCGAAAUAGUACAUGUAAUUAUAAACGAUAGACUUUGUCUCCAAGAGCAGAGGGGAAUGACUUGGCGCACGAGAAACGUUAAUAUUAUACGUCACUGCGAAAACAAAACUGUACGAGGGUAUCAUAGUUUAAUUGUAUUGUAAAAUGUUUUCCUUGACAACGUUGAAGUCGAUAUAUCUUUUUGUAAUUUUUUCGGGGCCCGUUAAAAAUUUCGGGUCGCAUAUAGAGUUUUAUGAUACUUAAAUAUUGGAUAUUAAAACGCGAGAUCAGAGCUUAAUAUAAGAGGUGGAGACAUCGUCCUAUAUGCUAACUUCGAAUCCUGAGAGUAUCACAUUCUAGCGGGACUUCAUUCCGCUAUUACUUUUUAUUCUGUAUAUUUAGGGAUUAAUUUCAAUGCGUAUUUAUGAAACUUAGUCAAUUCAAUGUCUAAAUAUCGUUUUAUCGCGAAAUAUAAUUAAAAAAAAGAAUAAGUAAUAUCGAGUUUUACGACAAUUAUAGAUGCAUUUCAGAUAAUUGUUAGCAACGUAUUCCAAUCAAGUAACAAUUGUAAUAUCGAUAUUAUCCUGAGCGUAUUUGAACCUUUUACAUAAUACCGAUAUCUAUGGUACCGAUAUCUAUGGUAGAAUGUAUUCAAAUCUUUCGAAGGCAUACCGACAUUGUUCCAUCAAGUAUAUAAUAACAGCGUUUCAGCUCGAUACUCACAUAUAUGUAUCUUUCUCCGACAAUAAAAAUUAUUUAUCAUUAGAACUCUUGCUACAAUGCGUAGUGUAAUGUGGAAACUAUCGUAUAAAAAUAAAAUU